GAGAUGUCAGUAUUGUAUUUUCCACCUAAGACUUUGUCUCUGAGAAUCACUGGGGACAUGGUUCUUUUUUGUUUUCUUUUCUUUUCCCUAUUCCUCCACCCCUCCUUUCUCUUUUUGCAUCUUUUGUCCCUUUCCCUUGCUUUCCUCCCAUCAUCAUCAGCUCUGUAUGUGUGGAGUGGGGGAUUGGUCUCCAGCUCUCAUUGUGGGAGGCCCUCAUAAAGGGGUCAUUCUAGAAGAGUGCUCCAAGAGCGAUGCUCUCCGGUGGUGACCUGGCCCAUCUUGGGGACAUCAGGUGACUCCUACCACAGUCUCAGAGUCUUAACACUGAUUGAGCAAGCAUGGGGCUAUUGAAAAGGAGGAGGCUCAUGCCCUUGCUAUUCUCUUUUAGGACCAAGGAAAUGAGUCUUAUCCAAACAUGUAUACAAGGUCAGCUCCCAGACUGCUGCACUAGGCAACACAGUAUGGAAAAGUGUGGCCAAUGCCAGGUGUGAACAGGACAGCUCUUCUGCCAUCCAGAAGGCCUAGGAAAUGAAGGAGGUCAGAUUAGAUGUUCUAAUGAUUCCUUCUUGCCAGACCAUCAGCUAAUUCAUAAAAACAUGAGUGGAGCAGCCUUUCAUGUUUUACAGCUAUGGCCCUGCCCGCCCCAUGGGGCGUGGAGCAGCAGCUGGAGGAGAUGAUGGAGUUGACGGCGCAGAACCUGCCCCAUCUGGAGGUGACCGAGUCGUACACGGUCCUGAGAGAGCUGGGCAGAGGCUCCUUCGGCCAGGUGCUAUUGGCCGUGCACCAGCUGCAAGGCCGGCCGUUGGCGCUGAAGUUCAUCGAGAAGCGGGACACUGAGCUGCGGGGCUUCCUGAGCGAAUACUGCAUCUCGCUGAGCCUGGCCACCCACCCCUGCAUCGCAGGCGCCCUGGGCAUCGCCUUCCAGACGGCGCACCACUACGUCUUCGCGCAGGAGAUCGCCCCUGCCAGGGACCUCUUCGCCCUGCUGCAGCCGCAGGUGGGGGUCGGGCUCGCGGAGCUGCCCGUCAAGCGCUGUGCUCUGCAGCUCUCCAGCGCCCUGGAAUUCAUGGGGGCCAAAGGGCUGGUGCACCGCGACGUCAAGCCCGAGAACGUGCUGCUGCUCGACCCCGAGUGCCGGCGCGUCCAGCUGACCGACUUUGGGCUGAGCUGCCCGCGGGGCACUGCCAUCGAGGCCCUGCCGGAGAACCUGCCCUACACGGCGCCCGAGCUGUGCAACCUGGGGCCCUCGGCCCGCCUGCCGGCUCAGCCCAGCCUGGACGCCUGGGCGCUCGGCGUGCUGCUCUUCUGCCUGCUGACCGGCUACUUCCCCUGGCACACGGCCGCCGACAGGCACUACCGGGACUUUGCGCGCUGGCACCGCAGCCCCCGCGUGCGCCCGCGCCCGCCCCACUGGGGGCGCUUCACCGCCCAGGCCCAGGAGAUGCUGCGAGGGCUGCUAACCCCCGACCCCGCCCAGCGCAGCCCAGCCGGCGCUGCCAUGGCCCACGUCAAGUGCGGCUGGCUGGAGCCUGAGGGGCCCGGCACCCACCGGACUUUGCUGAGGAGCCGCCGUUACCGCUGAGCCGGGGCCCGUGGACACUGCUGCCAGGCACAGGCAGGGACCAAGGACACGCCGCUUACCAGGGACCAUGGCCAUAGGCCGGGGCGGGGCUGGGGCCAGGGACUGCAGAGAUGGGGAGUGGGGAAU